AAUGUCUUAUAUAUUGAGGAGCUUGAACGCAACAGAACGCAGCGGAAGUGACGCACGGCCGUCUGUCGUGAUGGCGGCGUUAGCGUCCUUGAGUUUCAAGUCAAGAGCAGGUCUCCUGAUUCCCGCUCAGUCGUCUCUGUUGGACUUGCUUCGGUUCGCCUCUAAGAAGGCAGGCGGGAGCUCCAAGAACGUCGGAGGAAAAAGCCCCGGCCGCAGAUAUGGCUUCAAGAAGCAAGACGGUAACUUUGUUCAUGCCGGCAACAUCCUGGCUACACAGAGACAGCUGAGGUAUCACCCAGGAGCACAUGUGGGGAUGGGCACCAACAAGACCCUCUAUGCUCUGGAGGACGGCUGCGUCAGGUUCACUAAGGAGGUGUACGUCCCACCGCCGCGCAGCCUCGAGGCGUCCACCAUCAUUCCUAAGCUGCCCAAAGGCGCCGUGCUCUACAAGACAUUCAUCAACGUGAUGCCCGUCAAGCAGGAGGGCAAGUUCAGGCUGGUGGAUCUGGUGUGAAGCAGCUCCUCUCUGACAGGACUGAGGACUUCAUGUCUGAGACGACAGACUUUCUGGGUGGAGCAGGAGUCUGGAUGCUAGAGAAACUCUGCUUCAGAAGAUCUCCAGACUUCUGCUGGAGUUCAGAGUAAAGGUGACGGUAGCUCAGUCACACUGAGGAGAUGUGUCUUCACUGAGAUUAUGUAGACUCUUCCUGCUGUGCUGCAGUCUGACCAUUAAAGUUUUGUAUAAAAAGUU